CGAUGCGGCUUUUAUUUUGCGUAUCAAACUGCACAAAUGGGGUGUUUAAGCUAAAGCUGACCCAGCCCAAGUUAUGGCUGGACCACCGAGCGGUCCUCUCUUCUGCCCCCGAGAGGAGGAGGCGGUCGGGCGGGGUGAAGACCUCCGUGUGUCCGACACCUGCCGGGCUCGUCUCGUCCCUGUCCCGCCGUCCUCCGACCCGGUUGUCCGUCCUCCUUACACCUGCACGGACGGUCCUGCACACACCUGUUGCCUUUUCUAGCUCUUCAGCGGCCGCCUCUCCCGCACCAGCCGGCUCGGUGAAGACCCAGACUGAGGCAGAGGGCCGGGGCCCCCCCACGGUCCCGCUGGAGGAUGUCAAACGGAUCCUGGGGCUCUCUCACCCGGAGAGGUGGAGAUUGGCAGCUGCUGUUGGCUUCCUCACCGUCUCCAGUGCUGUAACCAUGUCGGCUCCCUUCUUCCUGGGCAAAGUCAUUGACACCAUUUACACCUCUGCAUCGGACACAGAGUCAAUGACGGCCUCCUUAACGUCUCUGUGCAUCUUGCUGACUGGAGUUUUUCUUUGUGGAGGAGCAGCUAAUGCUGCCAGAGUCUACCUCAUGCAAUGUUCAGGGCAACAGAUUGUGCGUAAUCUCCGGGCCUCUGUCUUCUCAUCCAUUCUUAGACAGGAAGUGGCCUUUUUUGACAGGAACAGAACCGGAGAGCUCAUCAACCGGCUCUCGGCGGACACGACCGUGGUGGGUCGCUCGAUCACAGACAACCUGUCAGAUGGGCUGAGAGCCGUCGCUCAGGCAGCUGCUGGUGUCAGCAUGAUGUUUUACGUCUCUCCCAGUCUAGCGAGCUUUGUGUUGCUGAUUGUCCCUCCUAUGGCUGCUGUCGCUGUCAUUUAUGGCAGAUACCUUCGCUCCAUCUCCAAACGCACGCAGGACGCACUCGCACAAGCCACACAGUUGGCCGAAGAGAGAAUCAGCAACAUACGAACAGUCAGGGCUUUUGGAAAGGAGCUGUCUGAAGUUGAUGUGUAUACACAGAGGGCAGAUCACGUCCUGAGCCUGGCUAAACGGGAGGCUGUAAUGAGAGCUGGUUUCUUCGGAGUGACUGGGCUCAGCGGUAACCUCAUGAUCCUGUCGGUGCUCUACAAAGGAGGCCUUCUGAUGGCCAGUCAGCACAUGACUGUCGGGGAGCUCUCAUCCUUCCUCAUGUACACCUUCUGGGUGGGCAUCAGUAUCGCAGGUCUGAGUUCUUUCUACUCUGAGCUGAUGAAGGGUUUUGGAGCUGGAGCCAGACUCUGGGAGCUGCUGGACCGAAAGCCUGAAUUUCCUCUGAACGAGGGACAAGUCCUUCCUGCAGAUCAGCUGAAGGGCCAGCUACAGUUCUGUGACGUCUCGUUCGCCUACCCGGCUCGAAAGGAGGCUCCUAUUUUUCAGAACCUUAAUCUCUUUGUUCCGGCUGGUACCGUCAUGGCUGUGGUGGGACCCAGUGGGUCCGGGAAAUCCUCUCUUGUCUCGCUGCUGCUCAGGCUGUAUGACCCUGAUGCUGGUAUCAUCUCUAUUGAUGGUUAUGACAUCAGGGAUUUAAAUCCCUACUGGCUCAGAGGUCACAUUGGAACUGUCAGCCAGGAGCCGGUCCUGUUUUCCUGUUCCAUAAGAGAUAACAUUGCAUAUGGUGCUGUGGACCCUGAAGAUGUGACCACAGAGGACAUCUACAGGGCCGCCAAAGUGUCCAACGCUUUUGAUUUCAUUCAGGCUUUUCCCAAAGGCUUCAACACAGUUGUGGGAGAGAAAGGAGUGCUGCUGUCAGGUGGUCAGAAGCAGAGAAUAGCCAUAGCCAGAGCUUUGCUCAAGAAUCCAAAGAUCCUACUUUUGGAUGAAGCCACCAGCGCCCUAGAUGCUGAGAAUGAGUUCCUCGUGCAGGAGGCGUUGGAGCGCCUGAUGGAAGGGAGGACUGUCGUGAUCAUUGCUCAUCGUCUGUCCACCAUUAAGAACGCCGACUGUGUCGCUGUGAUUGAUCAGCGGCAUGUAGCCGAGUGCGGCACCCCCACAGAGCUGCUGGGGAACAGGGAAGGGAUGUUCAGGAAACUGAUGGAGAAACAGGCGUUUCUGCAGGAAGAGCAGCAGCGAGCUCUUCUCUGAAAGGAGGAAACGGAGGAAGACGUGUACGUGAGUCCAAUCAAAAGGAAAAUAAAACUUGAAGCUCAAUUCCAGGAAGUUCCUCUUUCUGUCUCACUGAAGUGAGUUGGUG